UUUCCUAUGACAACAUGGCUGCACCUCGAUCACAGUUUUGGACUACGACUCCCAGCAUGCCUUCCUCCAUGACAGCUUCUUUCUGAUUGGCUACACCGCGUUCUAGUUGGAACUCUGCAUGUGGCUGCUGCUGUGCUGGGAAGGAAGGCAGUCUUUUGCUGGCUAUAUAUGUAUGUAUAUAUGAAAAAAGUUCCUGACAGAAAGUUCAUUUCCGACUUCCUUAUGCUUGCUAUUGACAUGGAAAACAAGGAAAAUGGAUCUCUGGACACAGAAAACUUGGUAGAGAAUGGAAGACCUCCUGAUCCUGCUGACUGGGCGGUUACAGAUGUGGUGAAUUAUUUCAGAACAGCGGGCUUUGAAGAACAAGCAAACGCUUUCCAAGAGCAGGAAAUUGAUGGGAAAUCUUUACUGUUGAUGACCAGAAAUGAUGUGCUGACUGGACUUUCAUUAAAACUGGGACCUGCACUGAAGAUCUAUGAAUAUCACAUAAAGCCUCUACAGACACAGCAUCUCAAGAAUAGUUCACUAUAGUGGAUUUCAAAUGGGGACUUUGUUGUGUGUGUCUUAUUAAAAUAAAUAAGCAGCUUUGGUUUCGAAUUGAGGGAACUUUGUAAAAAGACUGUACAUAUGUGUGCAUAUAAAAUAUAAACCAAAUGGCACUGAUAUAAAUAUAUAAAUCUAUAUAUUUAUACAUAUAUCCUAUUGGAUAGCUUUAGCAAUAUGCUGUUUGUUGGUUAUUGAACUGAUAGUGGAAUUUCUUGUUGUUCAGGUACAUAAGCAGCUGAAUACUCUCUUUUCAGUGACUAUGGGUAGUGUCUGAUAGUAAUCCUAUGUAAAAUAGAUCCAUUGAAAGGAUUGGAAGUUAAGUUAGA